CUUUUUGUUCCCACCAUAACCAACAACGGUUGGAUCAAGUUGUCGUGGUUUAAAAACAGUAACAUCGGAACGUUGUCAAAUAGCAAAGAAAACUAUUCAUAUUCAUGAACAUUGUUUUAUUUUGAAAGUUUAAACCGGAUGUUUGUUUUACUUUGGGAUUUGUAUUAGCGGCAAAUUAAAAGAGCAGUCUCUCGAUAGUGUAACAACAGCAACAGUAGCCAUGAACCGGCAGUUUAAAGAUUGCGACUUGGCUGAAACAGUCGAGAAGCUGAAGCAGAAAUAUUUGGAGAGGAGGAAACAGUUGGCACCUCCAGAAGACAUUGAUGUUACCUCCGGAACCAGUGACGAGGCGGUACAAAGGUUCAUUUUGGCCAACAGAUCCAAACGGCCGAGCAAAGAGUUGAAGUGCUACAGCAAAGCUUUGCGUGAGCUGGUCAAAGCGGUUACCAACCAUCCUGACCAGUUUGGCGGUGAUCACGGUCUGCAUAGCAGUAACGAGGACCUGAGUGGGGACUCGGCAGCUGCCCCACUUCAGGAUUCUCCGCUGCAUUUAACAGAAACGGAUGUGACCUUGCCCUCCUGUCUAGAUGGUAGCCCUGGGUCCCAGGAAACUGAGACUGACGGGGAAUUGCAUAGAGCUCGCCAACUACCCGACUCCUGCCGUUCCUCUUCCCUAGUACUCGCAAAGGUAUACCAGGAGAUGAUGACCAUCUAUGAACAACUAAAGGCGGAGCGAGAAAGCCAACAGCAGUGGGAGAAGGAGCUGCAGGAACGAGAGAGGAGGCUGAAGCAACAGGAGGAGGCUGUUGGGAGGCUUGCUGGGCUUGAGGAGAUGCUGCACAUUCGUAUUCCAGCUGAAGAGGAGAAACACCAGCAAGAGGUGAGUCAGCUGCAGGAUCUUCUUCGAGAGAGGAGCAAGGAGAACAGGAGGCUCAGGUCCAGCUUUGACACCAUCAAGGAGCUGAAUGACGGCAUGAAGAAACAGUUGAAUGAGAUCAAUAAACAGAAUAAAACAUUGGAGAGCCAAUCCAAGAGGGUGCAGGCUCGACUGGAGAACCUACAGAGGAAAUAUGAGCAAAGCAUAGCACAGAGAGGCUGUCCACAAGUGAAUGUUAAGAGCAAAGAAUGUAUUAAACCAUCCAAAAAGGAGAAAACUGCUGCCUCUGGAAAACCCAGCAACAAGGUAGUUCAUCAGCUCAUGUGGGUGUUGUUGAUUCAGCGCAGCUCCAGUCCCACCCGACUAAAGCUCCUGGCCCUUCUACUGGACUGGGUACUCGAUGGACAGAAGUUCUCAUCAGUAGCAGGAAACGAAGGGAAAGGUGUCGGCCAGUGCCUGCCCCUAGAGUUUGUCCUGAACGAGAGAUGCCUCAAGGUGCUGCCGUUGUUAGCAGAUCAGCUUCAUCACACUCCUUUGUCAGAACCGGACCUCCUCCUCAACCUUCUUCGCCUCAUCCACUGGGCUUUCAGACACAUGGACAGCAGUACACAGCAUGUAGCGCUAUCUGCCACGCUGCGGCGAAUAGGAGAGGAAGUAUCAAAGCCCCCAGCCCAGGUAACGGGGCUUCAGUCUGAAGAUCCAGACCUGCCCAAGUCCGACAGUGGGGCUGCAGGUGGACCCUGCAGGAGCUGCCCCCUUUCCCGCAGCCCCUGCCUUCACACGCGCAUCCUGUCCACCAUCAUCAUCCUCCGCACUGUCACACAAGCUGAUGUGCUGGCCCAGGCUCUGGACAGUCUCCGUACCGAGCUGAUGUCUGAGGAGAGCCGAGGCCUGUUCAUCCGCUACGGAGGAGUGUGUGAGCUGCUGUCCAUGCUUCAGGCUGGCCGUGGAGGUCUGCACACACCUGUGGACAUCCUCAUGCAGCUGUCUGAGCAGUCCUGCUACUUAAGUCCCUUCCUCGAGGCAUGUGGCUGGGAGUUUUUCCAAACGGCCUCCCAGCUUCUGAAAAACCCUCGACUGGAGUUCCCAACGCUGGAGAAGCUCUCCAUCCUUCUACAGAAGCUCUCCAACAUCAGGAAGAACCGCCGUCUGUUUGAACGGUCCUCCCUGCACCUCCAAAUACAAGAACUUCUUCACAACGCCAACCAGACGCACACGUUCCUCUGCCUCAACCUUAGGUCCAUCCUCCACAACCUCAAAUAACACACACACACACAGACAUACACACACACGUACAAACUUGCAUGUGUUUUUCUGCCUCAUGCUCGAUUAAAAUGCCUCCUUCACAAUUCCGUUCUCCCAGUGAGAACUUACCUCGUGUGUCAGUACUCCAGCACGUUGCUCGCUCUUUUCAUAUGUGCUCAAACUGUUUUAAACAUGUUUCCGGAGCUGCAUUACUUAAAUGUUUCAUCUUGCUCUACAUCCAAUGCAUUUCUUUAUUUAUAUUGUAAUAUGUUUUUGAAGUUCUUGUGUUUGUCAGAGGUACUUUCUUUCGUGUUCUGUAUUUGUUGCCCUUUGUGACACGAUUUUCUGUGACUGGAAACGACUGUCAUGCUUGCCAGUAGCCUUAAUGGGUGUCUGAUGUGCUCAGAGGAAGAGAGGCUGCGACUGUGGAGCUUUUUAAUGACAAUAAACAAAGAACUGAAGGACAUUAAGAUUGGACUGCAUAUGAAAUGCUAACAUCCAUAUGUUUUGUAUAAAGUUGUCUUAUUUGUUUAUUCCAGAGCAUGGGUGGGUUGUUGGGAUUAAUGGUCUCAGUAUGGGACACACCGGUGGUGUUGGUUGACGGAGGAGAUUGGAGGGACUGGAACAAUUACAGCUGAUAUUUAAAACGUACUCUGAAGUGCUUGGCUGGUCUGAAUUGAAAUUGGUGCGUCUAAUUUUUAUUUUAUUUUUACUUAGAGGAAUGGUGUGACCGUCAACGUGGGGGCUUUAAACUACAUUUUUGAAGAGAACAUUCAAGAACAAAUAUGUUUGAUAUUAAAUGUAUGGCCAAAAAUAAUUCCUUGAGUGACUGCAGUCACUUGGAAACUGUCUGCAUCCACACCUUGCAUUUGAGUUAAAGUAGUUCCAUUUUUGGCAAAAGAUAUACAAGUAAAAAUGAGUGUUGUAAAAUAAAAUUAUUGAUGUGUCAGUUUUGGAAAUUGGACGUAUAUACAAUAUCCCUAAAAGGGGCUGAACUGCUCCAGUAUAGUGACUAUAUUUACUUUUCAAACUGCUGUUUGGAAGCCUCUGGAUCGCACAUCCUGUGUUGAACUGUGAUGACGGUUCAGGAGUGAGCUGCAGCUUUCUAGCCCCUUAAUGAUAUGGAAUGUUAUUACCCCGAAGUGCUUUGGUUUCUAACCACUUCUGUUAUGGUGUUGCAGGCACCAGAACACACGCAAGAACAAUGUUACAACAGAACUGUUUAUAUCCAAAAUGACUGGAAAACUAUUUAUUUUUACUGCCCUUUUAAAAAUGAUUGCACUGUGUUCAAUUAGUAGGAUCAUUCUAAUCCCCACUGAUGGUAAAACUAAAAUGCCAGGGCAUAGCUGGCAUGGGAGCAGAUCACCCUAAUUGAGUCUUAGCCCACCUUUUUGAAAUAAUUUUCUUGCUUAUAUUUUUACUCCCUCACCAACUGUCAACAGCCGCGAGCAGAGGAGAUCACAUUGUAGAUAAAAGAGGAGGACGCAUUUUGUUUUGCUUUCCCAUUGUGGCUGUUGUGAAUUGUGUUGCAUCUGGAUGAUAUUAAAUGGAAACAUCAGCCCUAAUGAUCAACAGCAACAGACAUUCUGCACUUGGCAGCCACGUAAACAGUCAUUCUUCACCGAUCCACCCGGGCUAUGUGUGAAGGUCCGUCUCACCAAUCGGAUAAAUCUGUUGGUUUUAUGUCAUUUUAAGACAGAUGCAGUGUGGGUAAUUAAAUGUUUCCGUUAAGAUUA